UGGCAACUCUGGUUCUGUCGCUGUCGUCGAAUCGAAUAGUUGAUUGCUAUCGUUGGAAUAUCGAAAAAAUUUGCAAAAGCUGACAUAUUUAAUGUAUUUGUGUGUAUUUCGACACAGUUAUAUUUAAAACCCUAUUCUGUAUUUGGAUUAUCGUGCGCGUGUGUAGUUAAAGGUGUUAAAAUGACUGUGGAAGGAGAUGAAAAAGCGGUUCGGUCUCGCGUGUUCAUGGAUAUUUCAAUAGGGGGCUUGCCAUCCGGCCGGUUGGUGUUUGAGUUAUUCAAUGAUAUUGCUCCGAAGACUGCUGAAAACUUCCGAGCAUUAUGUGCCGGAGAUAUGGGCGUCGGGAAGAACACGGGUAAACCGUUGACGUAUAAGGGCAUGGUGUUCCAUAGAGUUGUAAAAGACUUCAUGAUCCAAGGAGGUGACUUUACCAAUGCCAAUGGAACUGGUGGAGAAUCCAUUUACGGUGGUACUUUUGAAGAUGAAACCUUUGAAUUGAAACAUGAUCGGCCAUAUUUGCUGUCUAUGGCAAACAGGGGCAAAGACACGAACGGUUCACAGUUCUUUAUAACCACACAGCCGGCGCCGCAUCUCGACAAUGUGCACGUAGUUUUCGGUACGGUAAUCAGCGGCGCGGCGCUGGUGAGGCAGCUGGAGGCGCUGCCCGUCGACCGCAACGCGCGCCCGCUGCAGGACGUCGCCGUCACCAACUGUGGACAGCUCGUUAGACUCACUGCAAAGAAACGUAAACAAGAGAAGGAAGAGAAAGAGGAAAGUGAUGCUGACUCUGACCAAUCUCAGAAGAAAGAUAAAAAGAAGAAGAAAGAUAAGAAGGAGAAAAAGAAGAAGAGGCGUCACUCCAGUGCAUCGGGUGAUGAGGAAGAAACUCCUGAAGCUCCGGCCCACCCCCUAGUAACUACCUCCAAGAUAGACCCGAGGGAGAUACCUGAUGUGCCCACCAACAGGUUCCUCAUGAGAGGUGGAAGGGAUCAGGAUGACAGGAGUGAUCCUAGGAAGGAUAGAGAGAGGAUGAGGUACCGCGAGAGGGAGCAUCGUUCCUACACGCGGAGCGGGAGGAUAAUCAAAGGAAGAGGCGUGUUUCGUUACCGCACCCCGUCUCGGUCGCGGUCCCGCUCCCGGUCCGUGACUCCCCCGCAUUGGAGGCAGGCGCAGCGUCGGAUCAUCAAACUGUCCGAAUUUGAGCGAGCUGAGCAAGAGAGGUCGGAGAAGGAACAUGAGGUCACCAAGAGGAAAGAGAUAGAGAAAAUACAUAGCCGUGAUGCCGAGGGUACGACCCCAGACAACCAUCCCGAUGAGAAAGAGGAGGGGGAAUGUGAUUCUACUCUGGAUCGUUCUCAAACGGACCGAGUGGAUUACAAUGCUCUGGACUUUGAAGAGGAUAUAGAGCAUGACGAUACAUCUCACAAACGCAAGCCGGCUGAGAAAGUGGAUCGUCGACGUGAAUUGCGUCGCACCCCUGAGAACAGAGCUGAAAUGUUGGCCUUAGCGCUAGGUGUCAACCCUAAGCAUGAUCAACAAAGUGACGCUGGUUCCUUCAGCAGAGACUCCAGAGACAGUCGCGAGUCCAAUCGACGUCGCGAAGGCCUGGCUUCCACAGUGGGAUACGCGUCCAAACUGUCCUCGGCUGUCGGUAAUGUUUCUGAAGGUCUGGCUAAAGGACACCAUGAAGAAAAAAGCAAAGAUGGCUACGAUCCCUUCAGUUUACUAAGAAGUACUUUUAACAGAGGGGAGAAGAAGGAUCAGAAUAAUCAAAGAAAAGAAGGGGAUCGUCGUGAAGCCAUUAAAGCCCGUUUAGGUGAAAAAGAGAAAGACAAAGAAGAUAGACGCGACCGUAAGACUGACAGAGAAGAUAAGGAUCGCAAACAACAAGAACAUAAGAACGACAAAGAAGACAGAAGUCGCAGAUACGACAAUAAAGAAGAAAAAACUCGAAAACUGUCAGAAAUAGGCGAUAAAGAAGAAAGAGUGCGGAAAACUUCUGAGAAAGAAGAUAGGGAAAGGAAAACAUCGGAAAGAGAUGAUAGAAGGAGGCAGUCAGAGAAGAGUGAAAAAGAAGAAAGAACUAGGAAGCAUAGCGAGAGAGAUGAGAGGGACCAUAGGAGGACCGAUCGUCAUAGGAGUGAGAGGUCUGAGCGUCGGGAGAAGAGCAAGGAAAGAGUUAGGAGUGAUAAGAGUAGAGAUAAUGAUAGGAGUAAGGCUAGGGAUGAUGAUAAGAAGAGGAGACGGUCGCGUACUCCAUCGCCGGCUAAAGACAGGUCCAAAUCCCGUGACCGAAGGCCAUCGGCGGCUGAGACCCGCGAGAAGAGUGGGGAGCGCACCCCCCUCGACGAGGAGAAGAAAAAGGUGGGUCAAGAAGACGAGAGGAACGAAGCUCGCAAGGAAUUGAUGGAGAUAGUUCGUCUGAUCAAGUCCAGACAACGGGAACGAGAGAAUAAAGCGUCUGCGGUCCUAGCGAAGAAGAAACGUGAAUCAUCCGAAUCAGACAGUUCAGACUCUGAUGAUGACAAGCGAAGGCGCCGGUCCUCUGAUAGAGAUCGUAGGAGAAGGAGCAGCUCCAGGGGUCGCCACUCGAGCUCGGAGCGGCGCUCGCGCAGACGUCGGUCGCGCAGCCCGCGCCGCGACCGCAGAGAUCGCAGACGGUCCUCCUCCUCACGCUAAACACACGUGUCUUAUUAAUUCUUAAUAAAUAUGCUAAUUUACUCUACAAACGUAAAUAAACAUUUUCAUUUUGGUACUAUAUUAGGUCCUGUCUGUGAAAAUUAUGUUUUAUCGACAUUUUAAU